GCUGACUAACUCGAGAAUAUAUGGAACACAACGACUUUCGUGUCGUUACAUCCUCGUCGGUGUAUCGGAAAGGCUCGACGACAAGCGGAGUGAUCGCCGGCGCAGGUCCGAGGCCAAAUAAAUUUAGUUACACUCUUGGAGAGGUAUGCUCAACGAAUGUCACUCUGGACGUGAACGUCGGCACCGGCUGGACGAGAAUACGUCUGAAGGAAGUUCCCAAGUUCAUUGUGAACGCGUUCAACAUCAUCUCGAAGCACGGAAUGGACACUGAUGGUAUUUUCCGCAAGGAAGGCAACUCUGUCCGGCUGAAUCGCGCAGAAGUUCAGGCGAUCUACAAGGGACAACGCGACAUUCCGAACGAUUACAGUGUUAUUGACGUUUGUACAAUGGUGAAGCGUUUCCUUCGUGAUCUGAAACCACCUCUUCUUGACUCUGAAGAGUGCCGAGCCCGACUUCUGAAGAAAGCAUGCCAGGCGAGAAUUUCGGAUGGUUUUUUGAUGACGCGGGAUGAAAUGGCAGAUGUCUUCUACAUGGAGGAUCGAACGAUUGAGCAACAAACACCGCUGCUCUCAGAUGCGCAUGCGUCAACGCUGGGAUAUGUGAUGAGACAGCUGAACAGGAUCGCCGCCCACAGUGAGCAACACAAGAUGUCAAUUGAAAAUUUGGCUAUCGUUUUCAUUGGAAGUGUUUUCGGUGACGGAAUUCAUGAUUCGAAGAAAACUCCGCAGCUCCGUCGUGGCUCGAAGGAGGAUAUUUUGGCGCAGAAAAGACAUGAAAUGAAUGUGAACACGGCGGCGGUUAAAUUAUUAAUUACCAAUGCCAAUCUAAUUGGUGUCCGUCGUGAUCCAUACGUCACCAGUAACGCAAUGCUCCGAAGCUCAAGCGCUAUGCCACGCUGCAUGAGCAGUGGAUACGAAACGUUGUCCGAUGCGGAUUGUCUUUCGGCUCAAACAGCUUCGCUUCAAAGAAGAGAACCGGGCCCAUCCACGCCUCUCACCAUUCACCGACGAGAUUCAGAAGCGGUGCACAAAAUAGUGACUGCACGAAAGAAGGGCGAACAGGAUUCGAAGAAGAAGAGAUCCGCAUCGUUUCUUCCGAGCUUUCGCGACCUUAAACAUCGUUUUUCGAAUAUGAAGAGAACCAAGAGUCCAAGCCCGGAACGCCUUACGACUGGACACACUGCCGAGCCAUCCAAGUUGACGGACAUAUGCUCAUUGAACUUGCACACCGAUCCUCACCAAGACCCAUUAAUUCAUCGGAAAAAGGUGGCACGUAAUGAGUCGACUACCAUGUCGACGGGAUCAACAGCGUCUGGAAGACAAUCGAGAAGCCAUCAGAAUAGGCGAGGGAACACGAACGCCACACCGAGAAAUAACGGUAGUGGAAAGUCUACGAUUUCCACGAUGUUCGAGUCCGAGCAAAUUCUCAGCAGUGGAGCUCUUCGACGGUUGUCGGCCAGCGAUCGGAAUACGGAUGCAAUGCGAUUUGCAAAACAAAUAAUGUCCAAUGAGCAGAUGAAUGUUGCAGAGUUUCUAUUAUCCGAGCAUCAACGCAAUCGAGAAUCUAAAAUUCGAAAACGCAAUACUGUGAUAUUGGGUGAGAAGCCGAGGUCUAAUGGUGUGAAGCUCACAAACAGGCGUCACACUGCUCCCAUCAGCAAUAGGCUCCGCAGAAAUCGGCCGAACACUGUUGGUGCCAGCCUCCCUCAUCGAAAUGACUCAUUUCUCAAUAACGGAUCUUCCAUGGAGGAGAAGGAGAAUCAGGCGGACUGCGAGACUGAUGACACGCUAGACGCAACGAACAAUGUGGAUCAGUCAGAAUGGUUAUUAGAGCAGAAAGCACUGGAAGCCAGAUCGCGGCGAGAGGGAAGGAAGAAUAAGGCGGCUCCGAUGAGACACAUCAGUACAGGAAGCAUGCUGGUGCUCAAUGGAUCCAUGGCUGUCGAAUCGACGAGUAUGUUGAAAGCGGAGCCACUUGUGAUGGACUCGUUGAAAGAGGAGUCGCCACAAUCGCCACAAAAAACGCCGAAAGUCGUGCUCAGGAAGGAUUUGGACAAUUUGAAGAAAAUGAAGAAGUUCUGUGACAUUGCAACGUCGCCAAUGGUGAUGGAUACGCCGACGAAACUUUCACACGAGAAUGGUCACGCGUGGGUUGGAACGAAGCAGGUUGUAUCCGUUACGAGGACUCCUAGUCUUUCGCGAAGACGGAGCCGAGCUCAUCUUUCAUACUCGAAGGCCACAGAAUCUCCUUUAGACAAGCCAUCGGAAGUCCGAAGAGAGUCGAGUUCACUGAUGUCACCGCUGUUAAAGCACGUUACAAUGACGAACAACUCUGCGCCUUCUCAAGUGAUCACAUCGUCUCCUAGAACCAAUCUCACUCCAAGAUCACAUACAUUAUCUCCAUUGGCAGUCAAAAUUAAGCGAUCUACACCGCCGCCGAUUCCUCCACAUUCACCACCCCAUCUUACUCCGGGAAAGUCGGAAGUCUCGUUGGAUGCUCUCGAUGACAUGAAACGAAUCUCGAUAUCUGACGGUUCACGGCGUAUUCCAACUUCUCCUUCGCAUCCACGGAUGCCGAAGACUUUCUCGCCGAAACUGCCAAUUCGAUCCGUAUCAAUCGAUAAUAGAUUCGAGUUUCCUGUUGCUGCUGCCGGGGAACCUGAAGAACCGUCAACACAGUUCAAGCUUCCGCAAUUGCCGAUGCCAAAGAAAAUGAACCGAUCGGGAAUCUCUCCGCUGGCCCGGCAAGCACACUCAUCAAAGUCGACGCUUUCGGUACCGAAUCGAUCAAAUCUUCGAGAAACGAAGAGCAUCGAGGAAACUCCGACUGCGUUAAGAUCGGCGCCAGCUCAAGCUUCCUAUCAAGGAUCUUCGAAUCAGAUGUCGCCAAGAUCAAGUGAUUAUUUCGAGUUUGGAAAAUACACAAAUGCGCUGAGGUCUGCAACUGAUGAGUUUGCACUGCCAAGCAGAAAAGCUUCCGUCGAAUCUCGUCCUUCAGUUGCAAUUCUACGGAAUAACAAUUGCGGUUUAGUGCGAUCCAGAGUCAAUCAUUUUCAGGAAAUCGAGCACUUGCAACGCGUCGAAACAUCGAUGAGCGGUCGAUUGUCAGCAAUGUCACAAUCAUCACUCCGAAGCAAUGACCCGUUUUCGGAUCGUUUUUCGGAUGUCUCGGAUCUUCGAAAUGCCGCGUUCUCUGAAUCCACCGACUCGGCGAUCAGCACUCCAACUGCCACUCCAACUACAUCACGGGUCUCCAAUGAUGCUGGGCAAUAUUUCUAAAAAUUAAAUUCUUGUAUGUUUUCAUGAAUUAUGGCUCACUAUUUUUUGUCUCAAUUCUACGAUCCUCAUCCCCAUUUUUUGUCUCCCCAGACUUUUUCAAGUACUUGAAAUCUCGCAUUUUCUAUCCCCCGCACGUAUUCUUCUUUUAGAUACUACUAGAUUUUCUAGCUUAUCAUUCUACAAAUAAGAACUACCAAUUUCCAUGUGUAUUUGGGGUUUUUUUGUUGCCAUCUGACAUUAUCAGAAUUAGCCUUUGGCACCCAAAAAAUCGCGAUUUCUCUCCUCAUUCCAGCUUCAUUUUCAUUCCAAUUUCCACUGGAAACCCUUUUUUCUCGUAUUUUCUCUCCGAUUUUCCCGAGUUUUUCUCCUUUUUAGUGUUGCUUCUUGUGUAAUAUCUGAUCAUCAACACCACCAUUAUUAUCAUUAUUUUUAGUAUUGUGCUUUACUUUACCCAUCUCUUAACUUCAAUGCAAUUUUUUUCCAACGAAAUAAGAUGGUGCACUUUU